AUGGUUAAAACGAAAAAGGGAAAAAAUAUCAAUUGGGAUGAUGACACAGAGAAAGACUCGAAUGAGAUUUCAUUAGGAAAAAAAGAGAAAAAAUCUAAAAAGGAUAAAAAAAAAGAUGAUUUUGGUAGUGAUAAUAAUAAUGAUGAUGAUGAUGAUGAUUAUGGUGGUAAAGGUAAAAAAAAAAAAGUGAAAAAAGUCAAAGGAAAGGGUAAAUACGAUGAUGAUGACAACGAAGAGGAUCAUGAGGUAUCGACUAAAAAGAAAUCGAGUAAAAAAUAUGAAUCAGAUGAAGAAAUGGGAAAGCCGAGUAAAAAGAAGGACAAAAAGAAAAGUAAAAGAGGAGGAAGGGGAGGAAGUGAAAGUGAUGAUGAUGAUGUUUCUCAUUUGACGACAAAAUUAAAUGCUGCUGAAAUUUCAAAAAAACAAAACAAAGUUAAAAAUAGCGGCGAUUCGAUCGAUGAUGAAUAUGUAGAUGAUUAUAAAAAAGGUAAUAAAUCAAAAACAAAGGAAAAAUCAAAAAAAGUUGUCGAUUUCCCAAUGGAUGAUGUUAAGGAUGAGGGUGAAAUGGCGUCAAAAGAAAAAACUAGCAUUUGGGAUGAAGAAAAGCCCAAAGUUCCCGAACCGGAUAAGGGUGGGAAAAAAAGUAAGAAGAGUAAGAAAAAAAGAGACGAGGACGAUGACGAAGAUAUUGAAAAAAUGUUAGCCGAAUUAGAAUUAGAAUAUUCGGGUUUGAAACCCAAGGAAGAAACGAAACCCAACGAACCUUCCAAAACUGAUGAAAAACCGAGUAAAAAAGAAAAGGCUGGAAAGAAAGGAAGGAAAGAAGAUUUUAUAUCGGAAGAAUUGAGAGCUUUAGAUGAAAUGGACUACGACUACGAUGAUGAUGAUAUCCCGGUGAAACCGAAAGAAAAGAAAAAGAAACCAGGACAAAAAGAAGAAAAGGAAGAAAAAAAAACUUCGAAAGGUGGCGAUGAUGACGAUAAGGGUAAAAAGAAGAAAAAAGAUAGCGAAAAGGAUAAAGACAAGGAUAAGGAUAAGGGUAAAGUUAAAAAGGGUCCCGGAAGCAAAGCCAUUGCGGCCAUGCAAGAAGCAUUGAAAAAAAUUAAAGAAGAAGAAGAAAGAUUGGAAAGAGAAGAACAGGAAAGAAUUAAAAGGGAAGAAGAAGCUGCUGCUGCAAGGAGAGAGGCUCUUCGACUGGAAAAAGAAAAGAAGGAAAAGAAAAAGCAAAAGGAAAAAGAAAGGAAAGAAAGGUUAAAAGCCGAAGGGAAAUUGUUAACCGCAAAGCAAAAGGCUGAUAAAUUGAGAGCACAAGAAAUGAUAAACGCUUUAAAAGCUCAAGGAUUAGAAAUACCCGAUCCGGGAGAGAAAAAAAUUCGACCGGGAACAAGAAUCAAACCUAAUAAAUCGAAAUCAUUAGUUUCUCAAAAUUCUAGCGAGGAGUCUAAGCCGACGGAAACGUCAGAUUUACCAUCGCCGGAACGAAUCCAAGUCGAAAUAGUUGACACCAAAGUUGAAAAUAAAAAAGAAGAAGAAGAAGAAGGAGAGAGAGAACCCGACGACGUCAAAGAUACUUGGGAUGCGGAAACGUCAGAAGAUGAAGAAACGAGUGAAAAAACGGAACGUAAAACGGCGACCACGUUAAAACACCACGACUCGGAAGAAGAAAGCGAAAGCGAAGAAGAUGAUGAUGAAGACGAUGAUGACGAAGAAGAAGAGGAAGAAGAAUCGAGCGAAGAAGAAGAAUCCGAAAGCGAAGAUGAACAUAAAACGGAUGCGGAAAAAAAAAGGGAGAAAGUUGUGCUUAGAAUUGAGAAAAGAAAAGAAGAAGCUUUAAAGAAUCGAUCAUUGGACGUUUUGAGAGCAGCCGUAGUGUGCGUACUGGGUCACGUGGACACGGGUAAAACAAAAAUAUUAGAUAAAUUAAGGAGAACUCACGUUCAAGAUGGCGAAGCCGGUGGUAUAACUCAACAAAUAGGAGCAACAAAUGUACCCAUAGAUAACAUAAAAGAAACUUGUAAAUUAGUUAAAGGGUUUGCGGACAUGACACUUAAAAUCCCUGGUUUGUUAAUUAUCGACACGCCGGGUCACGAAUCUUUUAGUAAUUUGCGUAGCAGAGGUUCGUCACUUUGCGACAUUGCCAUUCUCGUCGUCGACAUCAUGCACGGCCUAGAACCCCAAACAUUAGAAUCAAUUAAUUUAUUAAAAACGAGAAAAACUCCUUUUAUCGUCGCUCUGAAUAAAAUCGACAGGUUGUACGAUUGGCAAACGGGAGGGAGAAAAGACAUACGAGACAUAUUGAAAUCACAGGCGAGUAACACUCAAUUGGAAUUUCAACAGAGAACGAAAGAGGUCAUCGUACAAUUUGCCGAACAAGGUUUGAACGCGGCUUUGUUUUUCGAAAAUCCCGAUCUUCGAAGUUACGUGUCUCUAGUCCCGACGAGUGCGAUCACGGGGGAGGGAAUGGGAAAUCUCUUAGGUCUUAUCGUAGAAUUUUCACAAACCAUGUUAGCAAAGAGACUGAUGUAUUCGGAUUUGCUUUUGGCUACCGUGUUAGAAGUCAAAGCGAUUCCAGGUUUGGGAACGACGAUAGAUUGUAUUUUAAUCAAUGGGAAAUUAAAAGAAGGUUCGACGAUAGUUUUAGCCGGAACGGAUGGUCCGAUAGUCACACAAAUCAGGUCUUUACUCAUGCCACAACCCAUGAAAGAAUUUCGUGUUAAGAAUGCUUAUUUAGAAUAUAAAGAAGUGAAAGCUGCUCAAGGAGUUAAAAUAGCAGCCAAAGAUUUAGAAAAAGCGAUAGCAGGGUUAAAUCUUCAAGUCGCGGAAAAACCGGACGAGAUACCCAUUUGGUGCGAGGAAGUAUCCAAAGAAUUAAAAUCCGCGUUGAGUAGCAUCAAGUUGAAAGAGCGAGGAGUUUACGUUCAAGCUUCGACGUUGGGCUCACUCGAAGCUCUGUUGGAAUUUCUAAAAACGUCGAAAAUACCCUACUCGGGCAUUAAAAUCGGUCCCGUUGUAAAGAAGGAUGUAAUGAAAGCGUCAAUUAUGUUAGAACACGAAAGCCAGUACGCGACAAUAUUGGCUUUCGAUGUGAAAAUCGAGAGAGACGCUCAAGAACUCGCGGAUUCACUAGGAGUUAAAAUAUUUCAAGCCGAUAUAAUUUACCAUUUGUUCGACAAGUUCAUGGCGUACAGGGAAGAGCUCAAGCAGAAAAAACGUGACGAAUUUAAAAGCAUUGCCGUUUUCCCCUGCAAAUUAAGGAUUUUGCCGCAGUUCGUGUUCAAUACAAGAGAUCCCAUCGUUGUCGGUGUCAUGGUCGAAGCUGGAAUCGUAAAAGAAGGAACCGUUUUGUGCGUUCCCAGCAAAGAAUUCAUAAACGUUGGAAUCGUAACGAGCGUUGAAGUUAAUCACAAACCCAUAGAAUCCGCCAGAAAAGGAAUGGAAGUAUGCAUAAAAAUAGAAAACAUGUCUGGGGAAACGCCGAAGUUGUACGGGAGACAUUUUGAUCAUACAGAUUUGCUCAUGAGCAAGAUAUCGAGGCAAUCCAUCGACGCCUGUAAGGAUUAUUUUAGGGACGAUCUUACGAAACAAGAUUGGCAAUUAAUGGUCGAAUUAAAAAAAUUAUUUCAAAUUUUAUAG